AUGUCGGAAAAAUCAAAGAAAAUACAAUGUCGAAUGUUUACAGAAGCAAAUAGGCAGCACAUUUUCAGCCAAUUUUGGCAAAAUAUGACCUGGCCUGAAAAGAAAAUUUACGUUUCAAACCUUGUAGACACUAUGGCUCCAAAAGAUUUAAAAAUCCAAAUCAAUCAGAUUUCAAGACGUUCCAAGACAUUUUUAUGCUAUUUGAAGAAAAAUGGUGUUCGCCUAACAGUCUGUCAGGUUAUGUUCAUUAAUACUUUAAACCUGGGAACUUGGUCUUUGCGUAACUGGGUAACUCCAAGUGAGGAACUUGAUAUCGAACAUCCUGAUAAUGUAGAAGUUACUUUGCAUCAAAGAAAUAGGAUCAAUACUAGACAUGAAUCAGAUAGAAUCGGAUUAAGGACAUUUUUAAUGAAAUUACCAAAAAUGGAAUCUCAUUAUUGUAGAGUUUCAUUGAGUAAGAAAUAUUUGGAGCCAAUUUGGCAAAGCAAAGCUGCAUUGUACAGAAAUUAUGUUGAAUACUGCGAAGACAAGAUCAUUAAGGCUCUUUCCUUAAAGACUUUUCAUGAAGAGUUUACUUUAAAUAAUUUAGGUUUAUAUUCUCCAAAAAAAGAUCAAUGUGACCUUUGUGUCUCAUAUAAGGCUGGGAACGUCGAUGUGCAGUUAUACAAUCACCACAUUUCUAAGAAAAAUAGAGCACGUGGUGAAAAAUCAUCGGAUAAAAAAGGGGAAGAAAUUAUUUUGUAUAGUGAUGGAUGCUUCGCUAAAAAUAAAAACGUUACUUUGUCAAACGCCCUGUUGAAUCUAGCGAUAAACAAGAGCAUAAUUAUUACUCAAAAAUACUUGGUAAGUGGUCAUACCCAGAUGGAGUGCGACAGCAUGCACUCCACAAUUGAGCGAAGAAUUCGUAAUAGAGAAAUUUAUUCGCCUGCAGGGUAUAUUGCCGCUUGUAAAUCGGCACGUCUAAAUCCAAGACCCUAUCAAGUUAAAUAUUUAAAUCAUAGAUAUUUUAAAAAUUUUGCUGCACUAAAGUACCACACUUUCAUUCGUCCUGGAUAUAAAACAGGAGAUCCUACUGUUAAUGAUUUGUGUGCCAUACAAUGCAGACCUGAUGGAAAGCUAUACUACAAAUUGAAUUUUGACGAUGAUUGGAUGGCAUUGGAAAAGAGAUUAAGUAGAAAAAGUCAAGAGAUCGGUAAUACAGUUCCUCUUUAUGAAAAUCAACUACCAAUUAAAAAAAGUAAAUACGACCAUUUACAGCAAUUAAAAGAAGUAAUACCUGCGGACUAUCAUCUUUUUUAUGAUACCUUACCCUUUGAAGCUGAUUAA